AUGAUUUCGGGAGCAUGUCAAGAACCACUACGAAUCGGUCCACCAGGUCUCUUUUUACCCGGUCUUGUUGUUGGAUGUUUACCAUAUGAUGGACUUCGUAUGUCCACACUUGAAUGUUUCUUCUCAUCAAGUUGUAUCUCUACCAUCCUCACUUAUCUUGAAUACUACACACAAAUGGAUGGCUCACCACCUACAGAUUUCGUUCCACCGAAGGUAUUACCCUUGACUAUAUCUCCAUUAGACAGCUCAAUACCUUCAAAUUUUUCAAAGAACACUUCAAUCGGUACACUCUUAGACGAAUACUUUCUCGAAGGGUGGACAUAUACAGCGUCAUACGAAGCUUAUUUUGCUGCGUGUGCACCAUCUCAUUGUAAUUUUGAAUAUGCUACACGCAAUAAUCUCUUGCACGCGGCUACAUCAGUACUUGGUCUCUAUGGUGGUCUUACAAUUGGCUUACGAUUCAUCAUCUGGAAUGUCAUAAGACUUUAUCGAUGGAUGAAAAGGCGUAUUCGUUCUCGUCGAGUUACUGUUCAAUCAUGA